GUUCAUUCCAUUUCCGCAGAAGGAUAACGAGGCAGCAGCAGGAGCAGUGGAUUGUGGAUGAUUUUAUGUAAGUGGCAGCUCAGAGAUUCAUUCCGUUUUAAACCAUCGGACGGGUCGGUCGUAGGUCUUCGAAACGAGCGUACGAGCGAGUCUUUUCUCCUCCAUCACAAGGGCUGAUUUGAUGUGAUUUGAACGGUGGACUACGCGACAAAACGUGAUCGAUACGUGCAAGUGUUUCUAUGGCAACAAAAGCAGUGAUCGGUAAAGGAAAAACAAUUUCUUGUGGCAGUUUGUGAAAUAUUUAAACGCGCUUUUAAUUGAAAAGUGAAGUCUGGAAAAAUUAUGAAAAACAAAAUUUGUGUUGGAAAUUAACUGAAAAAUAGCUGAAGUUAGUUUAAAAUUUCUACAAAAUGACGGAAGAAUUGCAAACCCAACAGCAGCCACAAGCGGCACCAAUGCAGCCACAACCCAAACCACGGCUUGGCCCGCAAGACUAUCGCAAUUCGGAGCUCGUGACGAAACUGAUGGCUGCUAAUCCGCCCUAUCUGUACUCGCCAGCGGUUGGUCCGCAUAACUUUUUCUUUAGUGAAAUGCUUCGAUCUUUGGUGGCUAACAAGCGCAACGAAAGUUUACGCAACGCAACGGAGCAACUGCAUCAUCAUCACCAUCAACAGCAGCAGCAGCAGCAACAGCAACAUCAUCCUCAACAACAGCCCCAGCAGCCGGUUCAGCAUUCGAACCAUCUUACGAAUCAUUUAGCAUUACAAGCGCCAUCAUCCCGUCGGCCUCGCAAACGUUCUUGGAGUCAACACCGAUACUAUCCGGAAGCGUCAAAAGAUGGUAAGGACACUGAAGAUAGACGGCCCGCACAGCCCGAAAAACCACUCGAGCUAACCAACAAGCUGUCGGCGUUUAGUCGAAACAUUACUUCAACUUCACAAAAAUACUCCGAAGGUCUUGAACCGUCGGAAGCUUUCAAAGCUCCAACGUUUCAUGAUCGCAAAUCGGACGAUUCGAAACCACCGACGGCUGCUGGAGUUUCCGACAAGGCUCCCAUUAAUAAUUCAACCCUGAUUCAGGAACCUUCGACCGCUUCGAUGCCACCGUCGGAUCUUAUUCUUCCUCCACCGCCACCCGUCUGGUACCCUCCGCUCUAUCCCCCGUACGGUAUCGAUCCGUUGCAUUUCUUCAUCGAUCUUCGCGUUUCGGGACACAUUUACGACCGCAAAAAGGAUUCAAACUCAUCGAACAGCUCGGCGGACUCGGUGCUGACGGUAAAGCGCGAACAUUCCAAACUUAUUGGAACGGGAAAUGAUCGCCAAGGGUCGGCAUUCAGUGUUCCGAAACCGAGAGAAACGGCGCUCGGUAACAAAACGAAUCCGAUUAAUCUUACCGCCCCACAGGAGAACGGCGAUGGUGUCGCGGGAGAGAUGGGUUACGGUGCGAAAGAACCGACCGAACAGCAGACGGCUACGAUGGGAUCUUUGUUUUUGGGCGAUGUCACUGAUCACAAGACGAUAGAUGCGAUUAAGAGCACAAACUAUGUGCUACAGAAUCUGCCCCGCAUCUACGGCGAUUUGAAUGGCAACCACAAGAUCGCAGACCGAUGCCUAACGGACGAUGAGACGAACGGGAAUCUGAGCGAUGAACACGAGCAGGACAGUAAAUCCGUUGGGUCGGCGGACGAUUUGAUUGGAGAGGAAAAUAAAUACAAAGAUGUGGACUUGAACGUGAUUUCGGACGAGGAAUCCAUCGCGGUCGAUGAGAAUUAAAUAAAAUGAGAAAAAAUAAAAACAGUUUGGGGAAAUGUGUUUUACGAUUUAAAUAUCUCCGCUUCUCGUUGUACCAUAGAACAUACCAUGGCUAAUUAUUCCUAAAUAAAUUCAAUGUAUAGUGAA